UAUGGAAGUGGUUCAGGAGGGGAAGGAGAAAAAAAACAACCUCCAAUGAUGCUCUGCGCAUGCUCAGACUGCGCUCCAGUCUUAUUCAAUUUUAAUGGAAAAUGGCUGCGUUUCUCAUCCAAACCUCUGGAGCUGGGAAAUAACACACACACACACACAAAAACCCCACGUCUAAACCGUUAACGUGCACACCGAAGCAAACCCGAUGUACCGACGACCUGUGGUGCGAAAAAAUAUUUUUGGGAAAAUGGAUCGACUCACGCUUUAAGGGAUGAAAGAUCAUUUUUAACCCUUUCUGGACCGAGAUCUGCGAACAAUCGAGCAGAAGAUGAUGCGCCAGGUGACAAGCAGCGACUUCUGCAUGAACAGCAGGCCGUCGUGCCUCGCGGAGGACGUCCACCACCCGGCCUCCCACUUUGACCUGUGCACCCAGGCCAACAAGUUCUACCCUCCUCCGCCUCCGUCCGCCCUCCAGAUGACGCUGGCUCCCAUGGUCUUACCCGCCCAGAGCCACAAGCCCAUGGUGUGCCAGAGACAGGAAGUGCUCGUGGGCUCGCCCGGAAAAAUCCCUGACAUCAAAAGCACCAAUCAGGCGCCGGACGACGGCAAGAAGAAGAACAAGGCCGCCGGGAAGUCGGGCCGACGCGGGAGGCCUUUGGGGACCACCAAGCUGGCUGGGUACAGGACCAGCACGGGGCGACCGCUCGGCACCACCAGAGCUGCCGGGUUCAAGACGAGCCCGGGGAGGCCGCUGGGUACGACCAGAGCGGCGGGAUACAAGGUCAGCCCGGGACGGCCCCCCGGCAGCAUCAAGGGCCUCUCUCGUCUCAACAAACUGGCUUAUGGUAGCACCUGCAGCGGAGCGGCUUUCCCCUAUCCGCUACCACACAAGGAAAUCCUCUGUGAACCCUCCUGCAAAGAGAAGACGGCUAAUGAGUGAAGGUUUCCACUCGCCUUCCGUCAGUUGGAUAAGAGACGCAUGUGCACAGUUUUCCUGCCAGAUACUGGGUGGGUGGUGGUGGUGGUGGUGGGGGGU